CUGAACACAGGAGCAGCAGCAGAAUGUGAAACUUUCUCUCACCGAGUUAAAAUGAGUUAAAGCGGAAGAUUUCCUCAGUAAAUUAUUAUUUUGUUAGUGUGUUAUAGUGUUUAUUGUGUUUAUAGUGUGUAUAGUGUGAGAGUGUGAGAGUGUGCAGUGAGAGAUGGCUCGUGCAGUUCUGAAAGCUCUGAUUUUCCUCACAGUUUCUCUUCAUCUUUCAUCAGCAGUCACACACUCUAUGCAGCACAUCCUCACUGGAGUUACACCAGGAAUAAAUUUCCCAGAAUUCACAAUUGUGGGUCAGUUGGAUGGAGAGCAGAUUCUGUACUACGACAGUAACAUCAGGAGAGUGACCCCGAAGACGGAGUGGAUACAGAAGCGCAGUGCUACAGAUCCAGAUUACUGGAGCAGUGAGACACAGUAUGCGGAGGAUCAACAGGAGGACUUCAAAGUCUAUGUGGCCAGAAUGAUGCAGCACUUUAACCAGACUACAGGAGUUCACACAUGGCAGCUGAUGUGUGGCUGUGAGCUCGAUGAUGACGGCACCACUAGAGGAUACACUCAGUACGGUUAUGAUGGAGAAGAUUUCCUCAGUCUGGAUCUGAAAACUCUCACCUGGACUGCAGCCAAACCUCAAGCUGAGAGCACCAAGAACAGGUGGGAUUCUACAGGAGCUAAUGCUAAUGAGUGGAAGAACUACCUGCAGAACACCUGUAUCGAGUGGAUAAAGAAGUACGUGUCUUACGGCAGAGAGGCUCUGGAGAGGAAAGUUCGUCCCGAGGCGUCAGUGUUCCAGAAACACUCUCCUUCUCCAGAGGUGGUGUGUCAUGCUACAGGUUUCUUCCCCAAAGCAGUGGUGAUCUCCUGGCAGAAGGACGGAGAGGAGGUGCAUGAGGACGUGGAGCUCAGAGAGACGUUACCCAACCAGGAUGGAAGCUUCCAGAAGAGAAGCAUUCUGACAGUUCCAGCUGAGGAGCUGCAGAAACACACCUACACCUGCGUGAUUCAGCACAGCAGCUUGGAGAAGGAGUUAGUGCUGCCUGUGAGAGAUGGAGCACCGAUUGCUAUCAUCGUUGCUGUAGUCGCGGCUCUCGUUGUUCUCGUUGCCGUUGUUGCUGGAAUUGUGGUCUGGAAGAAGAAGAACUCUGGCUUCAAUCCUGUUCCACCCAAACCCUGAGAGAGGAGAAGAGGGAGAUGAGGACAGAGUUUAAUGGAGAUUAAAGAUUGUUUCGACUCGCACACAGCUUCUGUCCUCCAUUACACUGAGGGUGACAUCAUCAAGGCAGCGGUGUUUCAGCUGGAAGGAAGCUGGUGUCCGGCACUGCUCGGUGUUGUGUGCUCCAUAUUUUGUUCUGAUAAGUCCGGAUCACAAUGACUGAGAUGUGCCAGUCUGUUAGUGUUAUAAAGAGCUCUUAAGUAGCUUUUAAACUUUUAAAAUUCACUUUGGGGAUGGUGUUCUCAGUGUAGUGAGAGUUACUGGGCUUUCUUCAUGUUGCUGUUCCAUAAAGCUCAGCUUUGUGCAGUGUCUGGUUUAUGGUUGUUCUGUGCUUUCUGCCAUCUGAGUUGUGGAUCUCUCCAGUUCCUUCAGAGUUACUCUUGGCCUCUUGGUCGUUUCUCUAACUUAUCCCCUCUUUACCUGAUACCUGAUAUUUGGUGGACAGCCUCUUCUAGGCAGAGUCACAGUUGUGCCAUAUUCUUUUCAUUUUUUUAAACAAUGGAUUUAAUGGCGCUUUGAGGGAGGCUCAAAGUUUGGUAUUGUUUUAUAAACAAAUGAGUUCUUUUUCUGACCAAACAUACUGUUUCCUUUACCGUCAUUUACUACUUUUAAACGUUUGGUAUCAACUGCCACUCUACAGGUGUCCUCAGAAACUGGUGACAUGCUGAAUCCUGAAUUCUGAUAGUUUCAAAUCCUGAACACCAAAUUCUGCAAACCUCCUCCCACUGUUUUUUCUGACACUCUCACAAUCUCACACACACUGUCUACAGUAUUUCUACUCUGGAGUCACACCAGGAAUACGUUUCCCAGAUUUCUGAGCACUGACCGUCUGGUCGAUGGAGCAGUAUAUGUACUACGACAACAGCAAGAUGAGGAAGAUGAUCCCAAAGACAGAGUGGAUAAAGAAGACUGAUGCUGAUGAGGACAUCUUUAGUCAGUAUGGCUACAGCAAUGCAGCUCUUUGAUGAGACUGAAGGUGACAGUCGAACCUACUCAGAGCUGUUAGCACUGAUACACACACUAAUUACAUUCACACACACACACACACACACACCAGCCAGCCCUGAGGCAACAAUGUAACAUCAGCAGUAGCCUUUCUUUACAUUUCUUCAUCUAGACGUUGAUCUAGACGUGAUUAGUGUAAAAUAGUUUUUUUUCGUUGUUCAAUAUAAUAGUUUAGCAACAUUAUCUAAACUACUUAAAUGCAGAAUAACAAUGAGUUGUGCCAACGAAUAUACAUUUAUCAUCCAGUUUAUUAGGAAAUGUGUAGACCUGCAUAUUCAUACAAUGAUCCCGUUAUCUGUGGUGUGGUUGUUGGUACCGGACAGACUGGUUUGAGUUCCUCAGAAUCUGUCCUGCUCACUUAACGUGUUUUGUGUAAACUAUGCUCUACACUGUGUAAACUCUAGAGACUCUUGGGUGUGAAAAUUCCAGGAGAUCAGCAGUUACUGUAAUACUCAAACCAGCCCAUCUGGCAACCACCAUGCCAUGGUUAAUGUCAGAGAUCACACUUUUCCACAUUCUGAAGCUCCUGACCUGUGUCUGCAGGAUUUUAUGUAUUAUGCUGCUGCCACAUGAUUAGAUUUUGGAUAAUUGCAUGAACGUGUGGGUGUACAGGUGUUCCUAAUAAAGUGGCCAGUGAGUGUAUUGUGUAAGUAAACCCAAUAGACAUGUCAAAAUUAGAUAAACGUUUGAUGUCAUAUGAAGAAGGCUCUGAUUGGCUGAUGAAACGCUUACUGAAGCUCCGCCCCUUGUUGCCUCAGAGACCACAUACACAACAUAUACACACUCUGAUAGUACACACAUUAUGUGCUGUAAAAUCAUGUCACAUUUCUAACAGAAUAUAGUUGCAUGUAAAAGCACUUUUCCUAAUGAACAUGACCGACAUCUCAAUCGUAUCUGCACCAGUCAGAAUCGCUUGGAGCUGCUGUAAUGGUUAGAAGAGUAGCAUAAUCCCAGUUUUACACACUAUUAUAUCUUGUUAUUGUUUGUAAUUUGUAAAUAUUGUAAAUAAACUGUAAGUAUAAAGUUCUGUCUCGUUAUUUGCAUUUGUUUCUGAAAUUUAUUGUUGUAUAAGUUUAAGUAGCUAACAGCUUAGCUGUUUUUUGGCACCAAAAGGCCGACACUGCUAAUGUUGACCUGAUUUUAAGCUCUUUAAUGCUCAUACUUAUGAGGAGAGACUGAAAUUAAACAGGAUUUUAAUUCAGGAGUCGGGGAGCAGUAAAAUCGGUUCAGUGAAACUGACUGGCUGUGUUUAUUAUUAGUUGUAGAUGAUGUGGAGCCUCUGCAGUACAAGUCCCUGUGAAUGAGCUGUUACUGUAGGAUGUUACUGUGUAAUGUGUGAUGUGUAGUCACUUGUGCUUCCUCUAUUUUAAACACCACCAGCUUCCACUAAAACCUGAACACCACAAUAGUUUCACUGAAAUAUUUUAUAUUUUACACUUCUGUAACUGCUGUGUAUCAAACAGAAAAUGGGUGGUUUAUAAAUGAUUGUGAUUUAA